AUGGGUAAUAAGAUUGGUAAAGAAAUCAAGGUUGAUCCUACUACCUUGAAAAAGGAGAGUGGAUUUUAUGCAAGUGUCCUUAUAGAAAUUGAUUUGGCUAAAUCAAUUCCCAGCAAAAUUCUAGUUGAAUUAAAAUAUGGAAAAUUUGAACAAGUAAUUCAAAUACCAAAACUCCCAAGGUACUGCAAUCAUUGCAAAAUUGUGGGUCAUCAUAUUUAUGAGUGCAGAACAAAGAGAAAAGAAGAUUCUCAGCAGGCAACAACUCAAGAUCCAGAUCAAGAUUUUGUCCUGGUUAAACAGAAAAAACAAUGGAAACCUACACAUAUCCAAUUACCAAAUAAGGCUGGUUUUGAUAUUUGUUUUGGAGAUAUUUCAGGAAAAAAUAUGGAACAACGAACUAACAGUGUAUCUGGUAACUUACCACAAGGUGAUAUAUCAUCAAGGAGAUUUCAUAUUUUGCAAAAUCCUCAUGUGGAAUCUGGUAAUACUUCAUUUUCUUCUGAAGAUUUUCCAGCAUUAAUAAUAGACAAAUCUAUUUUAUCACCACAGAAUUUAGUGACUCCACCACCUUCAGUUUCUGAAGUUACUCAAGAUGAUAAUUCUAAUGUUUCACAAGUACCAGUUGCUGUCAUUACUUCAAAGAUUCUAGAUACUAUCAGUAAAGAAAACAACACAAUGUCUAGUUCAGAAGAUGGAGAAAUUAAAGAGGUUAGUGUAUCUUCACUCAUUCAUCAAAGUUCUAUUCCUCAAACCAUUUUUAUUUUAAAAAGAUCUGAAAAACUUGAUACUCCUGCUAAAGAUAAGUUUGUAGCUAAUGAAAAGAAAGCUCCUCCAAUUAAGAAACCUCCCUUAACCAGAAAACAAUUUCAUAAAUCAGUGUCUCAAAAGGGGAAUUCCAUUACUCCCCAACCUAACUCACAAUGA